GUCUCAAAUACGGCUAUAGGUAAAUAGAUAAAAUUCGAUAAUUAGUAAGAUACAACAUAAAAAUUAUGCCAUUCUAGUCGGUCACUUGCGUCUCCGUGGCCGUCAUGGAUCUCAAAAUGAUGGUGCCGUUAGUUUUAUUUUUAGUAGCAUUUGUAAGCGCAGAUCCUUUGGAGUUUAGAUCGAAUUUCGAAUAUCUAGAAUACAAUACAAAUGUUGCGGAACCAAAAUACAGACUUUUAGAUAUCGUUCAACCGUCAGAUAUCUUUGUAGAUCUAGAUGUUUAUUUGUCUGAAUCCAGAUUUAAUGGUUUGGUGCAACUCGUUGUUGAUGUGCGACAAAACCUCACACAAAUUGUCUUACAUCAAAACGUAGUAUCGAUUCAAGGAGUCAAUGUUAUUGACGCGACCAGCCGACCAGUUCCACUGAACUCUACCAGUCCAUUUGAAAUUGAUUCUUAUUUCGAGAUCUUAAAGAUUAAUUUUGAAAGAGUUGUCGCACCUGGACGCUAUACUAUUACCGUCAGUUACUUGGGUCGCAUCAAUGAAAAUCCCAUAGACCGUGGUUUUUACAAAGGUUACUACUACUAUGGAACCCAGAAAAGGGAAUACGCUACUACUCAGUUCCAACCUUUCCACGCGAGAAAAGCUUUCCCCUGUUUCGAUGAGCCCCAAUUCAAAUCAAGAUUCGUUAUAUCUAUCACAAGAGAUAGAAGUCUCAGACCAUCCUUCUCUAACAUGGAUAUCAAUGAAACUCAAAUAAUUUCAGCUAAUCGGGUACGCGAAACAUUCCUUCCGACCCCAAUAGUCUCUGCAUACCUCGUGGCAUUCCACGUCAGUGACUUCGUGGCGACAAACUUGACUGGCACUCUCAGCAAGCCUUUCCAGAUCAUUUCUAGAGAAGGCCCUAUUAACCAGCACGCAUAUGCUGCUGACAUUGGCUUGAGAAUUACCGAUAAACUGGAUGAAUACUUUGACAUUGGAUAUUAUACUAUGGGUCAAGGUCAGCCAAUGAAAAAUGAUCACAUUGCUUUGCCCGACUUCCCUUCAGGUGCUAUGGAAAAUUGGGGAAUGGUAAACUACAGGGAAGCCUACUUAUUGUAUGAUCCUCUUCACACUAAUUUGAACAACAAAAUCUUCAUUGCAACAAUCAUGGCUCACGAGCUCGCCCACAAAUGGUACGGUAACUUGGUGACUUGCUUCUGGUGGAGUAACUUGUGGCUCAAUGAAUCUUUCGCCAGUUUCUUUGAAUACUUCGGCGCUCACUAUGCGGAUGCAUCUCUAGAAUUAGACGACCAAUUCGUCGUAGACUAUGUACACAGCGCAUUAAAUUGGGACGCUGGCGCAGGCGCAACUCCCAUGAACUGGACCGGAGUGGUGACCAACCCGUCCGUAUCCUCCCACUUCAGUACUACGAGUUACGCUAAAGGUGCAUCCGUAUUGAAGACUCUCGAGCAUUUCGUUGGUUUUAACACCUUCAGAAACGCUCUUAGAAUUUACUUGAGAAAUAAUGCUUAUGGCAUUGGUUAUCCCGAAGAUAUGUACGCUGCAUUCAGAACAGCAGUGUCUCAAGACCCGACAUUCGCAAGAGACUUCCCCAAUAUCGAUAUCGGCCGAGUGUUCGAAAGUUGGGUCCAGAACCCAGGCUCCCCUGUCGUCAAUGUCUACGUUAACAUGACUAGCGGUGAAGUUACACUGACUCAGCAACGCUUCCAACUGAGCGGCACGCCGAAUCUAACCAUCUGGCAAAUACCUAUCUCUUGGACACAUAGCGCUGAGAUGAACUUUGAGAACACGAGACCCAGAUUAGUCAUGACCACGGAGUCCACCACCAUCCGCAAAGACCCCGGACAUCACUGGGUCAUAUUAAACAUAGCCCAAUCUGGUCUUUAUCGUGUCAAUUAUGAUGACCAUAAUUGGGAAAUGAUCGCUUCUCAUUUGCGUAGAAACAGAACUAGUAUUCACAAGUUGAACAGAGCACAGAUUGUGAAUGACGUGUUAUACUUCGUCCGUGCUGGCGUUAUCAACGUAAACCGUGCUUUCGACGUCCUGUCGUUCCUGAAGGAUGAGACUGACUACUACGUGUGGGCAGGCGCCCUCUCACAGCUUGACUGGAUGAGAGCUAGACUGGAACAUCUGCCUGUUGCUUUCGAAGAGUUCAGUGCCUAUUUAAUGGAGCUCAUGGAAUCUGCUAUCAGUCAUUUGGGUUAUGAAGAGCGUACUACAGACUCCACUUCUACGAUCCUUAACCGCAUGCAAAUUCUCAACUACGCCUGCAACAUGGGACACGAAGGUUGCGUUGCCGACAGUCUUGCUAAGUGGCGUGCAUUCAGACAAAAUGAAAACAACCUGGUUCCAGUAAACGCACGUCGCUACGUAUACUGCACCGGGCUGCGUCACGGCAACAGCAGCGACUACGAUUUCCUCUUCAGGAAAUACAACGAGAGCGAAAACACGGCUGAUAUGGUCGUCAUGCUGCGUACCCUCGCCUGCACUAGGGACAGGGUUUCUCUGGAACACUAUUUUCAGCAAUCUAUGUACAACGACAAGAUACGCAUCCACGACCGUACUAAUGCAUUCCAGUACGCGCUACAAGGCAACCGCGAGAACUUCCAGAUUGUGCUCAACUUCCUUUACAACUACUUCAAUGAUAUCCGCACCACUUAUGGUGGUCCUGCGAGACUCGAUAUCUGCAUAAAUGCGCUGCCAGGAUUUAUGAGGGAGUUCCAACAUAUCUCACAGUUCCAAUCUUGGGUAUACAGAAACCAGAUCGCACUAGGUUCUUCAUUCUCUGCUGCUGUGAAUGUCGUGUCUACUAGUAUAUCCAACUUGGAAUGGGGUAACAACGCGGCUGUCCAGUUGCUUACUGCAGUGAGAAAUGUCAGGAGCUCUGCGGGUUCUGUGACUGUCUCUAUUGUCAUGCUGAUGGUGGCUUUGGCUGUUAAUUUCUUUAAAUAAUUUAGUACGUAUGUGAUUAAAAUUAAGUACUAAUUGUAUAU